CUGCAAACCUCGCGAACGCUUCAACUUCCAGGGAUACGUCAUUCUUUUUAGAAAUGCCUUGGAAUCGCUUCACUAUGUGGACAUUGUGCAGAGCUCAACGUGUCUGAGGCUUGGAAGUAUAUCACCUCCUUGCACCCCGCCAAAUCAAACGUCACUAGGUUAAGAUGUUCGCCCAAACGCUAUUAUCUGCCUCGAUCCUGUCAGCGCUCGCCUUAGCUCAAAGCACAGUCGUAGUGACAGUUGGCCCAACAAUACCCACCAAUGCACCGGAAUUCGUGAGCGAGGACACUUUUACUUCCGCGAUUCUCAACUCUACAAAUUACUACCGCACGGAGCACAACGCAUCGUCCGUGACAUGGAACUCGACGCUUGAGGACUACGCUUCAGACUACCUGGACUCGACGUGCGAUUUUGAGCACAGCGGCGGCCCCUACGGCGAGAACUUGGCGAUCGGGUGCUCGAAUGCGACGAGCUGCGUGGAAGCCUGGGGAAACGAAAGGGACAAAUACGAUUUCAGCGACCCGGGGUUCUCGGAAGAUACGGGACACUUCACACAGCUUGUCUGGAAGAACACUACAGACGUUGGGUGCAGUCGAAAGCUGUGUGGUGACAGUGGGUGGUACUUGGUCUGUGAGUACUGGCCGGUGGGCAAUGUCGAAGGGGAAUACGCCGAUGACGUUAGCGCUGAAGAGGGCAGUGGUGCGACCGUCAUCCAACCACAAUUCGUUGUAGCAUAUGUGGCGGCUGCCGCGAUCCUGGUUGCUCUAUGAUAGCAUAGGAGAAAUCAAAUGCAGUUAACAAUGGAUGUAGCCGCAAUUGUGCUGAAUCUCGUAGCGCAGGUUGUGCAGCAGGGACGAGGGAGAUUCUAAGGUCAAUUAGCUCCAACUAGUCGGGUGAUGCCGACUGCUGUAUAAC